AUGGCUUCUGGUGUACCACGUGUUGAAGAUGGGCAGGAUAGUACUGCUGCCGAUACUGCAGGAGGAACCGCGGCGACAACACUGGGAGCUCUACGGGUAGUCAUCGCUUCCGGAUGGGUCGCGCGGACGAUAUCCUUGCAGGUGGCAUCUGUGGAGACGCUCCGAAGCUGCCGCGAGGUCGCGAACUUCCGGCUGAGGAUAGCUCGCAAGACUCCGAGGAGGGUGUACCAAGACAAGUUCGCGGGUGGCGGCCACGGCAGAGUUAGCCGCAGCAUUAUCUUGCCCCGCGUUGUCCGCGUGCUGUACGAUCGGUCGGAGUUCGACCUCAAGCCUGGCUGGGCGCUGCCGGUCGAGUUGGUCGGGCUUGUGCUUGGGACGGAGUUUUGCGGAGACCUGAAAGGGGUGCCCUGGCCCCCGACCCUGAGUUCGAUAGUAUUUUGGCGGAGGUUUAACAGGACGAUCGACGACGUAACGUGGCCGCAGUCGCUCAAGAAGCUCACCUUCGGCUGUAACUUCAAUCAGCCGGUUCUAGGCGUACAGUGGCCUCCGGAGCUAGAGGUCCUCACGUUCGGGAGCUGGUUUGACCGCCCCCUGGCCGGAGUACGCUUCCCGGACACUCUCACGACCCUUGCCCUGGGGAGGGACUUCAACCAGCCUCUUGAAGGCAUCCAAUGGCCGCAGCGGCUGGCUCGUCUGACUUUCGGGUUUUUCUUCAACCGGUCCAUCCGAACCGCCGCAAAGAAGUGGCCGGCCACGCUCAAGCAUCUGUCCCUAGGGGACUGCUACAACUUGCCUGUCGAAGACGUGGAGUGGCCUCGGGGGAUGGAAGAGAUAUCGUUCGGUCGCGGGUUCAACCAAAACGUUGAGGGAGUUGAAUGGCCUCCGGCCCUGAGAAAGGUCAAGUUCGGGGCUUGCUUCGACCAAAGCAUCGCCGUUGCCGGCUUUCCUGAAGAUUUGGAGACGCUUGAGCUAGGGUUCGCCUUCAACCGUCCGUUCCUUGAUGUCGUUUUGCCGAGUGGACUUACGAGGCUGGUGUUCGGCGAGGAGUUCAACCGUGCCGUGGAGGGCGUCGAUUUUCCGCCGGGGCUGGAGGAGAUUUACUUCGGCGUGCAGUUUGAUCAGCCGGUAGCCGCUGCGGUCUGGCCCGCAUCGCUCAAGAAGCUGACGUUUGGGGAUAGCUUCAACAAGCCGCUGGCCGGGAUAAGGCUUCCCGACGGCCUGCUGGAUUGCCGCUUCGGGAAGUGUUUCAACCAGGAGAUCGAGCAAGUGUCGUGGCCCCACAGCGUGCGCUGUCUAGUGUUCGGCGAGGAAUUCAACAACCCCAUCUGCAACGUAGUUUGGCCCGAAUCGCUGACGACGUUGAAGCUGGGGAGCGACUUCGACCGUAACAUGGAGGCCGGGGUUGUGUUUCCUCCGGGCCUGGAUAGGGUAGAGUUCGUGGACACCUACAGACGUGUAGAAGGCGGCGGAGAGGACAGCAGUUAACCUGGUCCAGUUUCUCGCCGAUAGAUGGAUGGUGUAGGAGAGCUGGAGUGUGACUGAUUGGGAAGGCCUUUGUCGUGAUGAACGGGUGUCACGGUUUGUCGUGAUGAACGGGUGUCACGGUUUGUCGUGAUGAACGGGUGUCACGGUUUGUCGUGAUGAACGGGUGUCACGGUUUGUCGUUUGCGUUGGCCCGCCCUGUACAGUUUGCGAGUACAUGAUCUGGCGUUGAACUACGUAGUCAACCAACCACUCCUGUACAUUAGGAGAUGCAGUCAAACCCUUUAAUCCCCUGCUGUGUGCAAGGGAACGUGUGUGAUAGGGCCAACGGUUCGGAAUCGGUUCGACGGAGCUCCGCGGUGACAGCGAGGAGCGCGAUACUUUCUCCUACGGAGGCACCUAGCUCUUAAUUCAUGGGGGUAGGUAGUAGUCCGUUGCCCGAGAGUGAAGGUGUACAAAGCCGGAGGACAUCUCCUGGCAGCUUAACCAGUGACGACAUGGACGUGCACAAGUGAUGCGCUGUGCAAACCUGUAAUUUUUCUUGCGUGUUUUUUUGGUUGACGUGUUUCUCGGGAAGAAUAUUCCAGAGAUUUGUUUUAGUUGUUUUGGUUUUCGGGAAGACCUUUGCGCUUUUCCAGGACUACCG